AUGCCUCACCUGUGCGUCCCUCCAACCGGCCCACAGGCACCCUCAGCGCUCUGCACAGCCUACCCUCAGCUACCCCCACCCCCCUGCCGCAACUGCCACCACCACGUGGCCAGCUCCUUGUUCACACUGCCAAGGGUCUACAGAUCUGAUGCUUAUCCCACCCCCAACAAAAUUUACAAUCAGAAGCAACAGCGAAAAGCCAAGGCAGGGUCCUUAUCUCCCAACAAGCCCACACCCCUACCGAGAGACGGAGAGAUCGGAGCAGAUGGCUGCUCCCGGGUGCCAGGCCUGGCUACUGCGCAAAGUCAGAGACCCACGAACCUAAAGGGGACAAAGCGAGCCGAAACCCUAGUUCUUCUAAGUGACCGCGCCUGGGGCGCAGCCUCCACCAGCCAUCUGCCGGCCAGAACUCCCUCCUCUCGGCCCCGAAACCUGGGGCUGAAUCACUGGGGGCGCCGGGUGCACCCCUUGGCAAGGUGCGAUUUUCCCACCCCCUCCCCCCUCCCCGCGACUGGCGAGGGGCAACAGAGGGCACCGGCCCUCCUGCCCGCUCUGCAGUCCCUAGGGAGGGGACCCUUGAGGGUUCGAGUGCAACCGACUGUCAGCCUCCGCCCCCGGCCUCCGGCGUUCUCGUCGCCUCGCCUGACACGCGCGCACGCCCCGCACGGGCGCCCGGAAAGGCCAGGCGGCCGGGGCCUGCAGGCACUGGGGGCGGGGAUGGCAGCGGGUGUCCGCGCGUGGCCGGCUAGCCGAGAGCGCGCAGGCGUGCGGAGCGCAGGUCGCGCGCACGCCAGAGGAGGGGGCGCAGGGGCUCUCGGUUCCCGGCAGUGGCGGGACCGGGCAACGCCACCGAGGGCCGGGCGGGCUCGGAGUCGGAGGAGGGGCGCGUGGGCCACCCCCACCCCGCCCUGGUCCCCGCAGCCCCCGCCGGUCGCGACUUCAAAGCAGGGCCGGGAGCGCGCGCGCGCCGGAGGGGCACGUCUUCCCGGGGGCAGCGUGUGCGCGCGCGUCUCCAGCUCCUUCCCGGCUCGUAAAACCUCCGCGGAAGACGGGUGUUAAAACGCUGCUGACAGGAACGCCUGAAACGUGUUUACAGUAGGAAAGACUUUCCUCCAAAUGCACCGCCCGAGUCGAUUCCAAUUUAUUUCCGCCCGGCGACUGUUAUCGAAAGGCGAGGCGCGGCCGCGGCGGCGGAAGGAGGCCGAGCACCGGGAAUCGUCGCCGCGUCCCCGCCGAGCCCAGCGCAGGGGCAGCGCCGUGCCUGCGCCACCGAGCGCCGCGUCCCCGGCCGAGGGAAACCAUUUUUUAAGGGGGGGGGUGGCCUUAGCUCGUCCUUAAGGCGUUCGCGCCGUUUCUCCAAAGCCGCUGUCCCAAGCGGAGCGCGGCCGGCCGGGAAACCGCGUUCCGACUCGCUCGUGCCCGCUGCAGCAACACGAUACGGACGUGGUAACCGAUAAGCUCCGGGUUCGGUUACCGCGUCCAAACGGGAGGCCGGCCUUGGCCUCCCCGGUCUCUGCGAGGGUCUGCCGAGUGAACAGGAGGCGGCGGUUGGUUUGCCUUAAGUUUUGAUUUAUGGGAGAAAUCAUCUGAAUUCACCGACACACCCUAUUAACCGCUGAUCGUUUAAAUGCUACCUAAGGAAGGCAGAGUAAGGGAGGACGGUAGGGGUUCGGGAGGAGGAGGGGGCGAAGAAAGAAGUCUGACCAUCCCCACGUUCUCCGGUCUCCGCGGGCGCAGGGAGGCUCAGCGCUGCCACCUGGCGGGUGCUUCUCCCCAGACUGGGAGCCCACCGGGCGCUGAGCCGACCCAGACUCCGGGUGGGUGUGCCUUGCCGGGGCCUGGUGAAAAGGAGCAGAAAAGCUCGAAUUCAGGCUUCAGAUCUACGUGACCCAGGCAGAAAUACGUGUUCUGCUUGUGCUCGCGAGAAAAUGGGAAGGAAAGGAAAAGGGAGUUUGGCAUUGGCAUAAAAUGCUUGCUUAAGGCUACCAGGCGCUACUCAGCGGUUAGGAGGGGAGAAAAAGUGGUAAAAAUCAUUAGACAUUGUUUGCCUCUUAGCUUAUUCGAAGAGUGAAAAUAAAUCAUGGAUUUCAUUUU